AUUUAUAUUUGUCUGUAAAUAAAGAUGGCCGCCGCCUCCUCUGCUCUGGUGGGCCUCCUGCUCCUGCUCCUGGUUUCCAUGGAAACGAGUUCUUCACCUCAGAACGAUGAGCAGCAGGUGUUUCUCUCUCUGUUCGGCUCUCACCUCGCCUCCCUCAUCGAGGCCACGCCCCCACCUGAUGACAUCACAAAGGGCUCUGCCUCCUCGCCAACCUCCCCUCCUCCACUGGUGCGGCAGGCCCUGAGUCGCCACGGUAACGUAAGCGGAUUGGCCAGCAGACAGGAAGCGGUGUCCCGGCUCUUCCUGGACUUCCUGCGGCAGCGGGUGAAGACGAGGAGGCGGAGCCACAAGGCCAUGGCAGGAGGAAGAGGAUGCUUCGGGAUGAAGCUGGACCGGAUCGGCUCCAUCAGCGGCCUGGGCUGCUAGAGACGGUUACCAU